GGGAGGCGUGCUGGUCGGGGCGGCUGUAGAGGCGGCGGCGGCGGUCACUGGCGGUGGGAGGAGCCGCGCGGUUCCGGCUGCCUGGGUGAAGCGACCCUUGGGUCGGCGCUGCGGCGAGGCGGGCAGGUAGGCGAGCUGACGACCGCAGCUCUCGGGUAGGCUUCAGCGGCGGAGUCUCCCGCGGCGCCCGGCGCGCCCCCUGCACCCUCGACCUCCUGUGUUGAGGCGGGGGAGUAAGGAGAUGCCGACCCAGAGGGACAGCAGCACCAUGUCCCACACGGUCGCGGGCGGCGGCAGCGGGGACCAUUCUCACCAGGUCCGGGUGAAAGCCUACUACCGCGGAGAUAUCAUGAUAACACAUUUUGAACCUUCCAUCUCCUUUGAGGGCCUUUGCAGUGAGGUUCGAGACAUGUGUUCUUUUGACAAUGAACAGCUUUUCACCAUGAAAUGGAUAGAUGAGGAAGGAGACCCGUGUACAGUAUCAUCUCAGUUGGAGUUAGAAGAAGCCUUUAGGCUUUAUGAGCUAAACAAGGAUUCUGAACUCUUAAUUCAUGUAUUCCCUUGUGUUCCAGAACGUCCUGGAAUGCCCUGUCCAGGAGAAGAUAAAUCCAUCUACCGUCGAGGUGCACGCCGCUGGAGAAAACUUUAUUGUGCAAAUGGCCACACUUUUCAAGCCAAGCGUUUCAACAGGCGUGCUCACUGUGCCAUCUGCACAGACCGAAUAUGGGGACUUGGACGCCAGGGAUAUAAGUGCAUCAACUGCAAACUCCUGGUUCACAAGAAGUGUCACAAACUUGUGACAGUUGAAUGUGGGCGGCAUUCUUUGCCACCGGAACCAAUGAUGUCCCUGGAUCAGUCUUCCAUGCAUUCAGACCAUGCACAGACAGUAAUUCCAUAUAAUCCUUCAAGUCAUGAGAGUUUGGACCAAGUAGGUGAAGAAAAGGAGGCAAUGAACACGAGGGAAAGUGGCAAAGCUUCAUCCAGUUUAGGCCUUCAGGAUUUUGAUUUGCUCCGGGUAAUAGGAAGAGGAAGUUAUGCCAAAGUACUUUUGGUUCGAUUAAAAAAAACAGAUCGUAUUUAUGCAAUGAAAGUUGUGAAAAAAGAGCUCGUCAAUGAUGAUGAGGAUAUUGAUUGGGUACAAACAGAGAAACAUGUUUUUGAGCAGGCAUCCAAUCAUCCUUUUCUUGUUGGGCUGCAUUCUUGCUUUCAGACAGAAAGCAGAUUGUUCUUUGUUAUAGAGUAUGUAAAUGGAGGAGAUCUAAUGUUUCAUAUGCAGCGACAAAGAAAACUUCCCGAAGAACAUGCCAGGUUUUACUCUGCAGAAAUCAGUCUAGCAUUAAAUUAUCUUCAUGAGCGAGGGAUAAUUUAUAGAGAUUUGAAAUUGGACAACGUAUUACUGGACUCUGAAGGGCACAUAAAGCUCACUGACUAUGGCAUGUGUAAGGAAGGAUUACGGCCAGGAGAUACAACAAGCACUUUCUGUGGUACUCCUAAUUACAUUGCUCCUGAAAUUUUAAGAGGAGAAGAUUAUGGUUUUAGUGUUGACUGGUGGGCUCUUGGAGUACUAAUGUUUGAGAUGAUGGCAGGAAGAUCUCCAUUUGAUAUUGUUGGCAGCUCUGAUAACCCAGAUCAAAACACAGAGGAUUAUCUUUUCCAAGUUAUUUUGGAAAAACAAAUUCGCAUACCACGUUCUCUGUCUGUAAAAGCUGCAAGUGUCCUGAAGAGUUUUCUCAACAAGGACCCAAAAGAACGAUUGGGUUGUCAUCCUCAAACAGGAUUUGCUGAUAUUCAGGGACACCCAUUCUUCCGAAAUGUUGAUUGGGAUAUGAUGGAGCAAAAGCAGGUGGUACCUCCCUUUAAACCAAAUAUUUCUGGGGAAUUUGGUUUGGACAACUUCGAUUCUCAGUUUACUAAUGAACCUGUCCAGCUCACUCCAGAUGAUGAUGACAUUGUGAGGAAGAUUGAUCAGUCUGAAUUUGAAGGUUUUGAGUAUAUCAAUCCUCUGUUGAUGUCUGCAGAAGAAUGUGUCUGACCCUCAUUCUUCAACUGUGCAUUCUGCUUGUGUUGCCAUUUAAUGCAUGGAUAAACUUGUUACCAGUUUGGAUACAAUUAACCAUUUUAUAUUUGCCACCUGCAAAACAACACUCAAUAUCUUCUAUUGUAGACUAUAAGAAUCAGUUAUUAGAUCUAGGUUUGACUCUGGAAAAGGAAUUAAAGCUAGCUUCCAGACAGUCAUGUCAGGAGUUUGGUAUACUGUUUCCUCAGAGGCCUACUGAGGAGUAAUGAAGUUUUUUUGUGGGUUUUUUUUUUUUUUUUGUCAUAGAACUGUGAUUCAGAAGAAGUUAUCUUUUUUGUUUAAAGAAAAUACCACUGCUUUUAAAAGAAAGUAUCUGUUGCAUUAAGGUACAUUGUGGUAUUACCUCAUAAGCCUCCCAUAAUUUUCGUCAUGCUUUGUUAGGUCAUUUGAGGGUUUAAUUUUAGAGUAAAAGAUAAAUUCAAAAUACAACAAUUUUUUAUGAUGUCUAUUAGUUUUGGAGUUCUUUAUGUUUAAAAAUUCAACUGUAAAUUUUAUCAUUGCCUGAGAUAAUUAAAUUACUGAUUUUUAAGGUUAACAGUUACUAAAUUGGUAAUAACAGAUGUUGCUUGUUUAGAGUUGAGACAUACAGAUCCUUCUUAAGUUAAAAAAUAGUAUAAUUUUAUUAAGAAUCAGAUUCUAAAUCAUUAGUUAUUUUUGAAAAACUGGCACAAGUGACUUUUUUAGUAUAUUAAGGGGGGUUAGCUUCUGAGCUUGUCUCUUUAGCCAAAACUUUAACUAGAAUGUUAAUAUAUGUAGUUCAAAAGACCCAGGAUGAAGUUGAGUGGAAAAUUGCUCAGUAUAUAGAAAGGAAAGAAUAUAAAUUUAAAAUAGAUACAGACAAGUGCAAUGGCAAUAUUUGUUACUUACUGGAGAGUGAACGCCACAGUUGCUUUUUGUUAUAUGAUUUAAAUAAUAAGGUGGCACUCACCUGUUACCAAACUUACAAUUGUAUUCCAUUUAUUCAGCAAAAGAAGGAUGUAUAAUUUUUUUUCCUUAUAAUUUAGUAUACAGGAAAAUAAUUUAUCUUCUAUGUAGGGUGUCUUAACUAUGCUCAUUUUUUUUGCCAAAACUAUGUUAUCUGUACUUUUGGAUCCUAUUUAUGGAGUCUUCAGUGAAAUCCAAGAAAAAUAACAAAGUAAACAUGAAUAAUUAUUCAGGACACACAUAUGCACUCACACAGAUCACAGUCCCAGUCCCUUAAGUGAGUUCUUAUUAGGUAGGUAAUACAUGUAAUACAUAGUAGAAUACAUUUCAGGGAAGUUCUUCAGGUUAUUUUUUAUUUAUAUUAGUGUUUGACAAUUUAUCAUAAAAAGGAGUACCAAUUAUAACACCCUUCUGUUGUUUAUUUAAAAAAAAUUUUUUUUUUUAUGAAAAGGGACUUAAAAGGUAAUCAUGAUUAUCUAAAUUACUUACAAAUUUCCCAUCUUAAUAAAAUUUAAUUUUAUAGAAGCUACCUAAUCUUAAAUUUAGAAUGAUUUAAAAUUUGUAGGCAUUUAAUCAGUUAUCUUUUUUUUGAUGCUACAUUUCAUUAAAUAUGUAAUUUUUCCAAAGUUUCUGGCCAUGUACUCUCUUUUCUUCAAAUAACUGAGUAUGAAAGCAAUGAAAACCUCAAAAGAAAAUAUUUAUAUACAUUCACAUGUUUAUUUGAGAGGUAUAUAUAUGUCUCUUAGUACCUGAAACUUGUUUUAAAACAAAAAACAGUAUUCACUUCAAAUCAUAAACUUAUAGAGAAUUCUGACAUCUUAUGUCAGAAAUAUGUUUAUGAUCUUGCUUGUAAGUGGUGCUGUUUUCCCUAGGGCAUUAGUUAUCAAAUUUUAGAAUGGGGAAUAAUCACCUAUGGAGUUUGUUUCAAAUGGACAUUUCUGGGCCCAUGUUAGAAUUCUUUUGGGCAUUUGGACCUCAUUUUGAAAAAGGCUUUCUUCAAAUUAUUCUUUUCUUUUGUCCUGUGGUUGAAUAUUAGAAAGAGUGUUCAUGAUAAAACAUUUUGAGAAGGGGUAAGCAGUGAGUUAUUAUCUUAUCCACAAUAUUAAACAGUUUUGGAUGAAUAACUUUUUAAAGUUAGAUAUCUUCCCCCAUCCCCCCCAAAAAAACCAGUUAGUUUUUUACCAAUAAUGUACAAAUGAUGAGCAUUUUUCUAUGAUGAGGUUUUAACCAUUAUUCAGUGUGGUCCUUUGUUUUUAAAUCUUUUUUUAACUAAUAAGAUUCACCAAGUAAUUGUUUUAUACAGAAUUGCAUCACAAAUAUGUUUUUAAUUGUGUUUUGUUUCUUGCAAUCUUUAAGUGCCAUGCCAAUUCUUUUUAUAUUAUAUAGGCACUCUCUCAAAAUAAUCACCAGGUCAAUAAAGCAGUGGACAGUCAGAAUGGUUAGAAUUUUGGUGUUCUGAGAAAAAAAUUUAUUUUGCAUAAGCGUGUGGUCAGAUCAUUUUAUGUAUAUGCAGCCUGGAUUGGAUAUCAAGUAUAAUGUUUGUUCAGUACCGGUACAUUAUAAAUUUGUUUUUAUAAAUUUGUUUUUUUUUUAAAAUUUUUGUCAUGUAGAAUACUGCCUUGGUCAUCAUAAUGUAAUUUGUGUACUUUUUUUUUUUUUACUUUAAAAUCUUUAAAUAAAAUGCUUAAUGCCCAUCAA